AGGACCUCAUUGAAAUCUAAAAUACCCAUUCAAUGAAUUUCUUACGUUGUCAAUUCCCUUGUCCUAGACGCAUUCUUGUACGUCCUCUGGCUACUAAGUAUUGUCGCAGUUCUUGUCUUGUUGAUCGAUACUACACGCAGAGCUUUUUUGCAAUUAAUGCCCCUACGACGCGUUGUCUUUGUGUACAUUACUUCUUUGUGUUUGUAUUGAAAAUGAAAAAUGACUCGUUUUUGCUGGAGGUUCCAAAAAUGCAACCGUCUACACGACGACCUCCGCGGCUUGCAUAGUCUACUUCUACUUUGCCGUCGUGGGAAAAGCGGCAGUGCGUUUUUUCAAGAAGGUUUUUGAUUGCAGAACUUUUUUUCCGUCUGGCGCGCAUCGGGACGCAGACGUACCUCAAGAAGACGAAGAAGAAGAUGCGAUUCGGCGAUUGGUACGCUGGAAAAGAAAAAGGAAAAUAAAGAGCAACUCUUUGUGCUCGUGCAGGCCCAACGGCGGUGCGUUCGUUCCGGUCUCAGCUGCUCCUCGACGUGUAGCGUACUUGUUCGGGGGGACGAUCCACAGUUCGUCGAGAAGAAGUCAUGGAGGAACCAGACGACCAGCAGCAGGCGGAGGCCGUCGAGGCGGCCCGGGCCAUGAUGGAAGGCUCCGCAGACGGGCCUUUUGGGGCGAGCAGCUCGGCAGCUGCGUCUUCGCGUCCGAAAACGUAUCGACAAAAACUCAAGCCCGAUGGGACCAAGAUGAGCUUGGCGGAGAUCCGUGCGCAGGCUGAUUUGGACGAGGCCGCCGAGGCAGCCGAAGAAGAAGCCGAAUACCAGAAGGCGCUGGAGAAGGCCAAGAGCAAAAAAGACGACAUCGCUGCCGCAAAGCGUAUUUAUUUACUUAAUCUGUGGUUUGUAUGAAAAACUAUGUAUUCGAAAAUAGCCUUUGAAAUGAUCCAUCGCACGUAUGUGUAUGAAUAGGAUAAGUACGUCGAGGACACAAUCAAUACGUCCAUGACCUGUAGAUGUGCUAUCAUUGUUUCGCCUCUGCCUGUUUUUCAAUAGGGUCUUUUCGGUUGAAAAAUACAGAGGCGCGAGAGGACGCGAACAAGCCCUUCGAGGAUCCCAGCCGACUGAAAGCUCCUUCGCUGAAGGCAAGAAUUGGCUUGAAGGUUGUUUCGCGGCGAAAGAAAGACCCUACGGGACCCGGUGCGUUUCUACCGGAAGCUGCAGCGCCACAAGCAAAAGCCGGACCUUCCGCGCUCUCCAGCAGCGCCGGCGCCCCACCCGCGCUGCGACGGUCAGAUUCGAUGCAGUCCGACCUUUCGGCCACGGGGGGAAGUGCGUCAACCGACCAGCGCCCGCGGCUCCAACGCAGCGCGAGUGGAUUGAGUGUGAGCAGCAAACGCAGCUCUAGGUCAGACGGUGACUCAGAUUCCGAAAGCUCUGAAAGCGGUGGCACGGUAUAGAAAUCGAGUUUCUGUCUUUCACUGUUUCUAUAGUACUUUGACGGUCCUGCGCCUGGCUAUCUCCAAUUUCUUGGUGCAGUCAGCAUCUUCUAACUACUAUGUUGGUUGUUCCCACCAGUGAAGAAGGUGGCGCCCUGCGUUUUCGAAUCUUUUUGUUUGCAUGCUGAAUUUGAAGACGAGAAAAAAAGUUUGCCCCUGAAAUCGGAACAACGACAAAUACAGAGCUCCGCAGACGAGGAGGCGCUACCGCUGCACAUGCGAAAGACGGAAGGGGUGCGCGAGGGUCCCGCGCAAACCGCCGAGGAGUACCGCAAGGAGCACCUGGCCGGGAUCGGCGAUAAGAAGAGCGAGAGCAGCAGCGGCAGCGAGGACGAGGACAGCAGUUACGGAAGUUCCAGCGAAGAGGAGUCGUCCGAGGAGGAUUUGGCCGCGAGCAGAAGACCGCAGAAGCAAGACAUCCUUGACUGGCCACCCCCGGGGUUUCAGAUGUUCCGCAAGUCCGUGAUCAAGAACCUGGCUCAGAUUUUCGGCGGGGUUUUCGUCGUGUACUACGGGCUGGUACUGUUCGGAAUUAUCUACUCGAUCCUGUUGCAGGACACGAACUUCACGCUCAUUAAGAAGCAGAUCGCGGGGCACUUCGAGGGCAAGGCCUUCGAAAAGGUGCAGCUGCCCGUGCAGCACGGGCAGGCGCUGCUGAAGCAGGCCCGGACGUACCUGGACGUCACGCUGGAGGAGGACCUCGUGGAGUUCACCAACAUGUUCCAAACCAAAGACACCCUCACCGCCGUGGUCUACAUGCCGACCGGGCAGACGGGGCGCGUGCGCACCGUGAACGGCGCUGACCGGACCCGUCGUGUGCGCGUGGACUCGACGGAGGCCUUUCCGGUCCCGCUGUCGGAAGGCGCACUCAGCGUGCCCGAGCAAGUGUUCGCAAAUUUCACGCAGGGCUGGCAGUGGGGCCAGGAGUGGAAGUGGUGGGCUAAUAUCGACGGCUUUCGCGGCCCCACCCCAGUCUACACGAUCUUCGAAAACACCCAGCUCUUCGGCCUGCUCAUGAUGACAAUCGACUUCGAUGCGAGCACCAUUAACGACGAACUGUUUGAUGUGCUUGAAGGCUUCGACAUGAAUGUACUUAUUUUUCCCGAUUUAUUUGUUCCACUAUGAUUUGUUUAAGCAGAGGAAUCAGUAAUCUUCUUCGCAAUUACAGCAACAAGCCGAAAAAUACAUAGGUGAACAAACGCAGUUUCUUCACAGAAGGAAACAAACGAAGACUGGAAAAAAAAAACAGGCGGAAGACUUCCCGAUCAAUGUGCAUGUGAUCGUCGGCGAACGGGUACUUGCGAGCACCGGCACCGCCCCUUUGCCGCUGGGUAGCGCGGCGGUACCCGCGCCGAGCGACUGCACGUAUAACGAGGAUACGGCGGUGAUCCGCAUCUGCGUUGAGCAAACUGGGCACUGGUUUGGGACCACGUUCCUGUUUGCAAUGCAGGUUUUGAUGUCGCUCACGCUGCUAAUUCCCUUCGGGCUGGCCGGGUACCUGAUCCGCAUCCGGCAACUGUGGGUGUCCGCGUCCCCGGACCUGCCGCACCGGUCCGAGGAGCAGCGCGAGGCCGCGAUGAGCAAACUCGCCCAGCUCCAGAAGCUGAAGGAGCGACUGGGCGGCACCACGACGGAUCUGAACGCCUCGACCACUUCCAUUCCGGGCCUCGGCCAGAGCUCCACCAGCAUCGCCAGCAUGAUGUCGGGCACAGGCAGUCGGGAGAAUCAGAUGGACCUCUCGCAGUCCUUCAAAAUGGUGCUCGAGUCCGCGUCGCUAGGUAAAAAAAACCAAUGGUGUUUUAUAUAGAGAGCUAUACAUUAACUAUUAACUCGUAAAUCUAAAUGCUAGGAUUGUUACGGCUUUGCGCUUUCUAUCUCUCAGCAGUCCACCAAAGUGAAGUCCUUCAGUGCGUGUCGUUUUUUUGAUAUCUUCUUUCUCGUCCCUGCACCCACGAGUUGUAGCUUUUUCCUCGUGCAGGACCCGUGCGCGCAGGUAUCAUCGAUCGUCCCCUAAGUAGGAGCGCAUGAAGCGAUCCUCGAAACAACUGCAGGUGACACUGGCCGGUACUCCGCUACGGGAGGUGUUGGCGGCAGUACGCUCGGGAGUGGCACGUCCAAUUUUACCGAGAAGCUGCGGUCCCUGAAUAUUACCACUUUGAAGGAAGCCUUCCAGUUCGCUCUCGUCCUGGUCACUUUCACCGGCCGAAUGCAAGCCGCCCGGUACGUCGAGAGCGACGACGCCGCGGAGAAGCAGCGCGGCCCCGUCAUGCAGCGGAUUCAGUCGGCCUACGACAAGAUCCGGGUGUCUCUGUUCGGCGAACCCAUCGACGAGAACAUCCGUGCGCAGAUCGAACAGGAGCGGGCGGACCGGCAACGGCAGGAGUUCAAGCGGUCGCAGUCGAUGGUGGGCGAAGAGUCGGGCCCGAAGGCCUUUCGCCGCUCGGGCACCAUGCUCACAACCUCGCAAUCGAGUAAAUCAUCCUCACCAAGCGCAUCCAGAACAAAUUGA